GUCACCGCUACAUUACUCUUAUAAUAAUAAUAAUAAUAAUAUAGUAAUGGUUUAUUAUUGCUAAAAGCAUACAGUUUGUGUAGGUAGUAUAUACAGUGUGUUGUGUUUCUGUGUGUCUACAUGUCGACCAGUGAGGUUGGCGGUAAGCUGGACUACUCGCCGGUGUCCUGGCGGGAGUAUUUUGACCAGCUCGAGGAUGUGAGCGUUGGGCCGGCCGACAGCAGGGACGUCUUCAGGAUUUAUAAAGCAGGAAACGAUGGACCGCUGCUGGUCCUGCUGCACGGGGGAGGACACUCGGCCCUGUCCUGGGCCGUUUUCACCACAGCCAUCGCAAGCAGAGUGACCUGCAGGGUACUAGCCAUGGACCUCAGGGGUCACGGUGACACCCUGGUCCGCCAAUCAGACGACUUCUCAACUCAAACCAUGUCCAGCGAUAUCGCCAAUGUGAUCGGAGCCUGCUACGGUCAGUCUCCUCCCCCUAUCGUCCUGAUUGGCCAUGGCGUUGGCGGGGCGAUCGCUGUGCAUACAAUCGGCAACAUGCUGCUACCGUCCAUCGUGGGCUUGGUCGCUAUAGACGUCGUGGAAGGCAGUGCAACCGAGGCCCUCCACAGCAUACAGAACUUCCUGAAGGGAAGACCCAAGUCCUUCAAGUCCAUAGACCACGCUAUAGAGUGGAGCGUCAAGAGCGGGCAAAUCAGGAACCUGGAGUCUGCCAGGGUCUCAAUGGUUGGUCAGAUUAAACGAUGCGAGGUGGAGGAGGCCGACACUCUGGAGCAGGCCGGCCCGAUGACCGACGUGGUCGUUGAGCGUAACGAAGAGUUCUACGAUCAGAGCUACGUCAACGACAAAGAAAACGCCGCCUCCGAGGUGAGCCUCAGCGAAGGACAGAGUGUGUACGUGUGGCGUGUAGACCUCUCCAAGUCAGAAAAGUACUGGGACGGCUGGUUUAGAGGAACCUCCAACCUCUUCCUGGCCUGCAACCUCCCCAAACUGCUGCUGUUGGCCGGAAUCCACCGGCUGGAUAGAGAUCUGACUAUCGGCCAAAUGCAAGGUAAAUUCAUGAUGCAGGUGCUGCCUCCCUGUGGACACGCAGUGCAAGAAGACAAACCAGACAGAGUGGCUGACGCUGUGGCCUCCUUCCUGUUGAGACACAAGUUCGCUGAAGCCAGAAGAGAAACCAGCAGCUCCAACUCGUUCACUGAAUGAAGUCUGCAGAACAAGUUAAGCCUCUUUUUUUGGGAGAAACUGUCUCAACAACUAAAGUUUUAUUCCAUCUAAAACGACUAAACGACUAAAAUGGUGCUCGCAUAUCUGUACUUGUUUUUCCUUCCUUCAUUUUAAAGU